AUGAAGUUGAAAUGUAUUUCAGAGAGUACUUCCCCCACGCCUGAAAUGCUUCGAGAGUUACCCCUCUCUGACAUUGGCGAACGGGCAGAGAGAUACCACAGAAUCAUGAUGGCAAGAACUAGGACACAGAUACUGCUUAUGGACAAUUUAUGCCAGCAAAGGGGCCUAAAUAUGAAGAAAAUCCUGGAAAGACAACGUUGGGAGAGAACUCCUGAAUCGGAUUUGGGACCACUUGUUGGCCUAAAACACGAAGCCGAAGACGAUCUAGAGAGGAUCAAGUUAAGGAUCAUCAAGCCUUCCAAGAAAAGAAGCUCGGGACAUUCUGCCGAUGACCGCGUGGCGUCCUUUUACAGACUGAACGCAGACGAUGAGAAGGACAACCUGCACGAAUAUAAUGAUGGCUGUGAAGACUUGUUCAGAGAUUCCCAAAAUGAUGGGAGCGAAACCAAGGAGGACAGCAAGGAACCACAAAAGAAAAGAAAAUCGUGGAAGAAACGAUUGCUGAAACUGUUUAGCUGGUGCAGUGGCUCAGCAGAGAAAAACUAGAAUUGGACUAUCAGUUUAACCGUUAUAUUGAACAUUGUUUUAAUAGCAGUAAAAAAAAUUACAUUAAUUGUAUAUAAAAUUGCUCAAGUCUUUCGGACAAUAAAUUCAUACCUUUGUUUGAAAA